AAUCAAAUUUAGGGACUUUACUGACGGGACUCUGGGCUGGCUGCUCUGUUCACUCGUCAGCGCAAGUGGCGUGACCAUGUAAUUGGGGCACGGGGCCGGCGCGGCGCGCUGCGGGCUUGCAGAAUUUUGUUUGUUUGUUUGGCCGCGCGCUGGCGCAGCCACGGGCCGCAGUUACUGGGGCGCGCUGUCGUAACAAGCCGCGCGGUGUGGCCUGCACAUUGGGGUAGAGGGGGGGUAGUCUUCCCAGAUGUUCUAGUUAGUUGUUUAGUAAAUUUGACUUCAAUAACGAGCUUUUGUUAUGGUAGGCGCGGCAGGGCGCGCGAAUUUAAGCGCAAGUGAGUGGUGACUUCAGGCUCACUCAGGCGGAGGCUCACUCAGGCGGAGGCUAUGCGUCUCACCUGUGGUCACGAGUUGUUAGUUCGUUCGUGAUGUAGGAAUUCAGGCUCACUCAGGCGGAGGCUAUGCGUCUCACCUGUGGUCACGAGUUGUUAGUUCGUUCGUGAUGUAGGAAUUCAGGCUCUCGGGCGGAAGCUAUGGCCGACGCCAGAGGCCACGAGUCGUUUAAUUUAAGUUAGGUCAUAAUGUAGUCAUCUUCAAGCUUUUGGGCGGAGGCAAUGGCCCUCGUCACUAGUCGUUUAGUUAUAAUUUUUAAAAUGUAAUGUUCGUUCGGAUUUUAAGGGCAGGAGAGGCCCCUACGUUAGUUUUAAGUAAUCGAUCAAGAAAGGCUUUUUGGAAAAUGUGAGUAUGGACUUAUCUUUGUUUUAAUUUUAAGUAGUAAUUAUGAUUUGAGGUAUUCGGAAGGACUAGGGAAGUGUUUAGUGAAGUUCUCUCAUUCUCUCUCUUGUAAGGUCGUUCAAUCGUUAAGGAAGUAAAGAGAUUAUUGUUUUAAAUUGUAAUCCCGCUAUUUAAAUGUUCUUUAAAAUGAUGUUGAGUAUUUGACUUUAAGAAUAAAAUAAUUUUAAUUAAGUAUUAUGUUAUUUUGCAAAAUCUCCUUAGUUCAGCUCUCACCAGACAUCCUGUACGGGAUGACGAACCUAUGAUCCUAGGUACAGUAAAGUAUUUUAUGAAGUUAAGACUAGUUGAUGCCAAGCGAGUUGUUUCUAUGUAAAGAGCUACGAUUCUCUCCCCCCUCUGAAAGUGGAUCGUGACAGAAAUGGCGGUGGCACCGGCUAGGUGCACGUGACAGAAAUGGUAGAGUUCGCCGGAUAGGUUCUAUUUCUGGAGAGAGAGAUAGGUAGAUUUUUAUGUUUAUUAUUAAGUUAGUUUCAGCUUCUGAUAGCAGGUUAUUAAGAGUUUACUUGAGGAGAGGAUUACGGAAUUUAAUCUAAGUGGAGGAAGUCUUUGAGAUUUUUUUUUGACGUAACAGAUGUUUAUUUGAGUAUACUUGUAAGGAUAAAGUUUAUAGUGAUAAGUUGUUUUAAGUCGUUGAGUUUAUCAGGGAUUUUUACGUGAGGAGAAUACGUUAUAAUUUAAAUGAUUAAUAGAGAUAAUGCAAGUGGUUUAAUUUAAUUGAAAUUAAUUUUAAGAUUGUAGGUUAAGAGAGUUAAAAUUUAAAAUAAAGUUUUUUUCGUAAAUAGGAAUUAUUUUCAAGUGAAGUUUGUUUUGUUGUCGUGCGCGUAGGAGACGAGACGUACGAAUUAAAUCAGUCGAGGGAAGGAUAAACGUUAGAAAGGAAUUAAAAAGAAAACGAGAGUUUAUGUAAAAGAGAGUUAUAGAAUUUAUAGUGAUGUUUUGUUUUAAUUAGAAAAAUGUUGAGAGUUGUUUCAGAACGACACGUCAGUGGACGUGGCAGAAUGAACACGUGACGGGGAGGUGCUGAGACCUAGCGGAGAACGGAGGAACCGCAAGCGAGGGUUGGCGCACCUGAUGGAAUUCGGUGACGUCACGGGCUCAUACGGAGACGUGGACAGGCCGUGACCUUGUUUUGAUCAGCUGUACGGUAACUUAGCGAUAAGAAAAUAGACUAUUGGUUAAAUACAUUUAAAUUUAAGUGUGUUUUAGGAGAAGAGGAACUUUCAGUAUAUUCCUUAAGAUGAGCUGAGCAGCAGUCCAGUUUACAAGAUGACAAGAGUUCGAGAGACAAGAUACAAGAUCACUGAAACAAGAGCCAAGACUGAAGAUUCAAGAGAAGAGAAAGCUGGCAGCCAUGGACUUACAAGUGGAGAUUAAUAAGGUCAUGUAAAGUUAUAUUUUUUUAUGGAAGACAGUAACUGGAGUUUUUUUUUUGUUAUAAACAGUCUUUACAGAACUUUUUAGGUUAUAGUAAUGUAAUGGAACUAGUGAGUUGUGGUAGCUGUCAAAAAGAACUAAUACCUUAAGUUUAAUUUUUAAAGUUAAUUUUCUUAAUUUACAGAGGGAUUAGUAGUUUUUUUUAAACCUUAUUUAGGUUGGAAUUUAAAUACAAUAGCUUAUUAUAAAUGUGUACGAACAGUUCAAGUUCACAGUACUGAUAGGUAGGUCAGAUGAUCUUAUUGAUUUUGAUGAUUUGUUGUUUUGAGUUGAUUUUUAAGUGUUGUGAAUUAGACAAUGAAAUAGUUCUGAAAACUUAAAUUAUUUCAAGCUAAGAAAUAGUAAAGUUAAUUGUAACUCAAAGGACACCAGAAUUUAAUUUUUUUUUAAUUAGUAAUGUUUGAAAAUUUUAUACUUUACAAGAAAGGUUAUAAACAAACAGAUCGGAUGGAACAAGGAUGCAGUAAAUCACAAUUUCAUUUAGAAUUAUUGAUUAGCUUUUGAGGUUAUGAAGUAAAAGUAAUUAUAGUUUAAAAGUUUGAAUAAAAAAAAAAUGUUUUUUUUUUAUUUGUUUGAAAUAGAAAGUUUAAAAGUUAAUUAGUCAUGAUCUAGGUGGGUGAUGGGGUGGGAAUUGGCCACUCUUUUUCCCUAUAACCUCCCUAACAUGGCCUUCUAUUACAUCUAACAGAAGAAAAAAAAAGAAGAAAAAGAAGACUUAGUAUUAGUUAGAAUGUUUUUUCAUGAAGAUACCUGAUGAACUUUUUUUUUAUUGUUGGGAAGAAUAGUAGCAAGAUUAAUCAGAUGUUUUACUCAGAAGAAGAAGAAGAAGAAGAUAAAGCAGUUUUAUGACUCGACAAGCCAGAGAUUGGUGUUUCCCCUCUGCGCUUCUAUUGACUACGUUGUUUACUCUCAUGGGAUAGCUGGUUCGGCACCAUGGAGAGAGAUUGGUGGGCAUUGUGGUUGCCCCCAGAAGAAAAGAAGAGUAGAAAGGUUAUGGGUGGGUCAUGUGAACUGACCUUCAACCCAGUUACUUCGUGGGGACUAUUUGCUGUAUAGAGAAGAUCAAGACUCAAGAGUUAGGGAAAAUCAUUGGAGGUCAUGUUUCCCUUCCUUAAGUUUUUCCUAUCAAAUUAUUUGCCUGAUUAGAUUAUGCUAAGGGUGGGAUACUUUAUGUUAGCAGUUGAAUUAAUUAAUUUUAUUUUUUUUGUGUGUUUACAUCCUUGCCCAUCGAUUGCAGUUUAGUAGUUAGUUUUGUAUUUGUCAGGCGUGAUGGUAAUGCCUGUUGAUGAUGUUUCAGAAUUGUAAUCUGUUCGUGAUGAGGAUGGCACAACUCCGAAGCAGAUGUGGGGAGAAGUUGUGAGCUGCCCUGGAAGCCAGUCCAGUAGCUGUUGGAGUUGAGUGGUGUUUGCUGAUGGCCAGCCCAGGGAGCUACUCUUCUCGACAACACUGACUUCGAGGAGUUGCACCAACCUUCACGAGAUAAGAGUUUAAUUAAUUGAAACACUGUAAGGACACUUAAUUUUUUUUGAAGAACGAAAGAAGUAUGGUAAUAAACGGAAACCGAAAAAAAAAAAAAUAAUAAUAAUUAUCAAGAAUUUGCACAUUGUUUAACGAAUACUGAGAAACUAAGAACAGUAAUUUAAUUUGUAAAGAGAGCUUCACUAACAGAACAAUUUUUUUUAGAAUUGAGAACUCGAGCCUCUGAAGGUUCCUGUGAGAACAAACCAGAUAAAAGUUUUACAUUUAAUUUUAUGAAUACUUGUUGUUUUAAAAUAAAUCUUAUGCAGAAUCUAGAUGUAUGUUCAGACAGCAAGGAACUAAGAAAAUUAUUAUUUUUGUGAAAUGAGGAAUUUAUAGUUAUGGUUUAAUGGAAAAAGACAAUUUGUAAUUUUGAGGUAGCUCGAUGGGGCUCGAGCUCUGUGAGGGGAGGGUUAUGUCGCGGGUUGAAAUUUUGCAGGGUUGUUGAAAUCAAAUUUAGGGACUUUACUGACGGGACUCUGGGCUGGCUGCUCUGUUCACUCGUCAGCGCAAGUGGCGUGACCAUGUAAUUGGGGCACGGGGCCGGCGCGGCGCGCUGCGGGCUUGCAGAAUUUUGUUUGUUUGUUUGGCCGCGCGCUGGCGCAGCCACGGGCCGCAGUUACUGGGGCGCGCUGUCGUAACAAGCCGCGCGGUGUGGCCUGCACAUUGGGGUAGAGGGGGGGUAGUCUUCCCAGAUGUUCUAGUUAGUUGUUUAGUAAAUUUGACUUCAAUAACGAGCUUUUGUUAUGGUAGGCGCGGCAGGGCGCGCGAAUUUAAGCGCAAGUGAGUGGUGACUUCAGGCUCACUCAGGCGGAGGCUCACUCAGGCGGAGGCUAUGCGUCUCACCUGUGGUCACGAGUUGUUAGUUCGUUCGUGAUGUAGGAAUUCAGGCUCACUCAGGCGGAGGCUAUGCGUCUCACCUGUGGUCACGAGUUGUUAGUUCGUUCGUGAUGUAGGAAUUCAGGCUCUCGGGCGGAAGCUAUGGCCGACGCCAGAGGCCACGAGUCGUUUAAUUUAAGUUAGGUCAUAAUGUAGUCAUCUUCAAGCUUUUGGGCGGAGGCAAUGGCCCUCGUCACUAGUCGUUUAGUUAUAAUUUUUAAAAUGUAAUGUUCGUUCGGAUUUUAAGGGCAGGAGAGGCCCCUACGUUAGUUUUAAGUAAUCGAUCAAGAAAGGCUUUUUGGAAAAUGUGAGUAUGGACUUAUCUUUGUUUUAAUUUUAAGUAGUAAUUAUGAUUUGAGGUAUUCGGAAGGACUAGGGAAGUGUUUAGUGAAGUUCUCUCAUUCUCUCUCUUGUAAGGUCGUUCAAUCGUUAAGGAAGUAAAGAGAUUAUUGUUUUAAAUUGUAAUCCCGCUAUUUAAAUGUUCUUUAAAAUGAUGUUGAGUAUUUGACUUUAAGAAUAAAAUAAUUUUAAUUAAGUAUUAUGUUAUUUUGCAAAAUCUCCUUAGUUCAGCUCUCACCAGACAUCCUGUACGGGAUGACGAACCUAUGAUCCUAGGUACAGUAAAGUAUUUUAUGAAGUUAAGACUAGUUGAUGCCAAGCGAGUUGUUUCUAUGUAAAGAGCUACGAUUCUCUCCCCCCUCUGAAAGUGGAUCGUGACAGAAAUGGCGGUGGCACCGGCUAGGUGCACGUGACAAUAUAGAUAGGUCUAGCAACUUCCCUUUAUUCUCUGUCCGCUUGAUGAAGCUCGUUGCGGCUUGCGAACUAAUGGCGCUAGUAGUAGGUUAGUCCGGUCUUAACAUUGUUUUUUUAUGUAUGUGAGUUUCGUUUGUAGUGUAAUGUUAUUUGUAAUCCUGCCGCGUUUUUAAGACGUCGAUUACAGAUUAUGAGUUUCCACAAUGAUAAAGACUCGGUCAGAUAGCAAGCCGCCGCGAGCUUCACUAAGGCCCGUUCUUCUACAAUGGCACGGAAAUUGAGACGGAUCACGUAAACGGAGACAAAUCUCCCGGAACCGUCUGAUGCUUCCACAAUGCACGGAAACGUAGCAAAUGAGAUUGCAUAUCAAGAUUACAAAAUAUCAAUUUAAUUUAAAAAGAAAUAUAUUCUUCGAAAGCAUGGGCAGCAGGGCCGGUGCAAGGUAAAUUGGCGCCCUAGGCGAAAAACCUUAAUCCCCCCCCCCCCCCCCGGCCGGACACCCCAAAAAAAAUUUCCUUGCCUCAAAAUACAUCACGUAAGCCUAAGAUUUUGUCAACAAUCAAAUGUAAGCAGGCUUGUAUUUUUUUUUUUUAAAACUUUUUUUACUUAUUACAAAUCAUAAACAGGUCACCGUCGACUUUAAAUAAUUACUUAUAUCAAUAUAAACAUUCCAAACUGUUACAAAAAUCCAUUUUCAUCUAGUUUCUAUAAUCGUUAAACAUAUCAUAUCAGCUGUUAUGUGUCGUGCUGUGCCGCCCCCAGCUACUUGGCGCCCUAGGCGGUUGCCUAGUUCGCCUAUAUGGACGCGCCGGCCCUGGGCGAGUGUACGAUGUUUCGGCCACAGCGAGCCUUGCUCGGCGCGGUGCCAGCCAGCCCGGCGGUUGCCUGUCCAGGCCUGAAGCUGGUGAUGGACCUGGUACUCAACCACACCAGCGACCAGCACGAGUGGUUCCAGAAGUCGCUGAGGAGGAAGGAGCCGUACAGCGACUACUACGUGUGGGCGCGGGCCAAGGCGCACGACGGGGACAGGCCCCUCGCCCCCAACAACUGGCUGAGCGUGUUCAGCGGCUCGGCGUGGCAGUGGAGUCCCGAGCGCGGCCAGUUCUACCUGCACCAGUUCGCCAGGGAGCAACCCGACCUCAACUACCGCAACCCGGCCGUGCUGCGGGAGAUGCUGGCGGCGGCGCAGUUCUGGCUGGACCUGGGCGUGGACGGAUUCCGCGCGGAUGCCGUCGCGCACCUGUUCGAGGACGAGCAGCUGCGGGACGAGCCUCUGUCCGAGGACCCCGGGGACCCCGGGGAGCCGGGGUACGGCAGCCUGCGGCACGCGCGCACCCACAACCUGCCUGAGGCGAAGGACGUGUUGGCCGAGUUGCGCCGCCUGCUGGACCUGCACUCCGCGCGCACGGACCUCGUCCGCAGACUCUUGAUGGUCGAGGUGUAUGAUACUGUGCCAAAAACUGUCGAGUUCUAUGGCAACGAGGAUCAACCUUUGGCGGACUACCCGUUUAACUUUGUUUUUAUCGACGAAGUAAAAAAAGAAUCCACGGCAGACGAUGUGAAGGCUAAGAUCGAACUGUACUUGAAGAAUGUGCCGCAAGGGAAGUGGCCAAACUGGGUGAUGGGCAACCACGACAAGCCGCGCGUGGCCAGCCGGCUUGGCCCUGGGUUGGUGGACGGGCUCAACAUGAUCCUGCUGCUGCUGCCGGGCACCGCCGUCACCUACUACGGCGAGGAGCUGGGCAUGGAGGACACGCCCGUCAGCUGGGAGCAGACCGUGGAUCCCCCGGGGCUGCUGGCCGGGCCCGCCCGCUACGCGGAGCACAGCCGCGACCCGGCCAGGACGCCCAUGCAGUGGAGCGCCGACAAGCACGCGGGUUUCACGGGCGCGGACAGGCCGUGGCUGCCCGUGAACGGGAACCACGUGACGGUGAACGCGCGAGCGCAGGCGGGAGUCGACCGGAGCCACCUGGGCGUGUACCGGGCGCUGGUGAAGGCGCGCAGCUCCCCCGCCGUGAAGGAGGGCGCCACAGACAUCCGGGUGCUGCAAGGGUCCGUCCUCUGCUUCACCAGGUCCAAGCAAGGAAGUGCAAGCUUCUUGGUCGCGGUGAACUGGGGGAGCACGAGUGUCGACGCAGAUCUGUCCGUUUUCCGAGACGUGCCCCGCGAGGCUGAAGUGUAUGCACGCAGCGUUGAUUACCUCGAAGACGCGGGCAAGACAGUACAAACAUCAUCACUUAAACUUGGAGGGAAGAAUGCAGUUGUGUUGACGUAUUCACCAAAAUCAAGACAGUAAAUUCUGAUUUUAUGUAUUUUUUUCAACAAUGUGAAUAAUUUAAAAGCAUAAACUAAACAAGCAAAUAUUUGUAGUACUGUGCAAUGUCUUUUACUAACACCAAAUAUUUAUAAAAUUAAGGAUAUAACUUGAUAUAAAAACGAAGAAGUUGCAUAAUAUUUGUGGAAAUGUGCAAAUGAAACUUUGCAGGAAAUAAUCAUCUUUGAGCAUAAAAAGCGAAGCUAACAUUUGUCCUGUGUAGUGUUUCGUUAUGCAGAAACUUCCAAAGAAAUAAACCUAUGUUUUUUGUUAAAAACUUGCUGUAAUUUUUCCUACGUUAUAAGAAGAUAAUUAAAAAAAGAUAUCAAUAAGAUAGGCUAUGCUAAAUAUAGUUGCUAAUACCCUUGUCAAAAAUUGUAUAAUGAGACCACUGCCUCUAAAUUAUUUUGAGUGGUGAUCACAUUUAAAGAUGGGUGUUUUCAAUGUGGAGGCAAUAGUAAUGUACCUGGCGUGAUCAAGCUUUGCCAUGUUUAUAAUUGAAGUCAAAAUGAGAAAGACCGACCCCCAACCUCUCUUCCACCUGGACAACUAAUUGCUAACCAGUUAACAACCAAUUAACUUAAAAUUCAGAACAGACACCCACACUAUAUAAACUAACACCUCUGAGGGUUGACAUGUCUAGGGUAAACUUUUUUUCUCAGUCUUCGUUCGUUUUUUGUCACUGUUAAUAAUUAAAUAUUUGUUAGUUUUGUUGAAUUAAAUAAAUGAAUUUGUGAUGCAUUGGCAAAUAAAGAUAAUUUUUUUAAUA